CGUAUUUUACUGGCAGGCUGCUGGGGUUCCAUCAAAAUCGGGGCGUCACUUUGACCCGUGACAUCAAACAAGAACUUCAAAUCCACACUGUCGCGCAAGUAGUUCAGGAAGUGUUUUAAACUCGGCAGGAGAAUCAUUGACUUAUCAUAAAUACCAGCCCGUCGGAAACAAGAUGAAGGGUCGAACCCAGUUACUGGUGCUUCAUGUACUAGCCACAUUGCUGGUUCUUCUUAUUUAUGCUACGUUGGCAUCAGCCACACAAGAUAGCGGUACACCACCAACGACUACCAGUACUGAACGAUUGACGACAACACAAGAAGCGAUGGCCUCGACCAAAGAGCCUCCCGUUUCAACAGCAACGACACCAUUGAAUUCAGAAUCAAUGACAACCACAAUUCAAUCGAAUGUAACCAUCCCUAUGCAGCCAGAGGCGCCUUCAACGACACCUGCACAGUCCACGACUGGUCUAACAAAUACCACCCAAAACUCUUCAGAAUCACUGAUGACCACAAACCAACCCAAUGUAACCAACCCUAUGCCGCCUACAACAGCGCCUGAGCCUCCACCAAUGACACCUGCACAGUUCACGACUGAUCUAACAAAUACCACCCAAAACUCUUCAGAAUCACUGAUGACCACAAACCAACCCAAUGCAACCAACCCUAUGCCGCCUACAACAGCGCCUGAGCCUCCACCAAUGACACCUGCACAGUUCACGACUGAUCUAACAAAUACCACCCAAAACUCUUCAGAAACACUGAUGACCACAAACCAACCCAAUGCAAGCAACCCUUUGCCGCCUACAACAGCGCCUGAGCCUCCUCCAACGACACCUGCACAGUCCACGACUGGUUUAACAAAUACCACCCAAAACUCUUCAGAAACACUGAUGACCACAAACCAACCCAAUGUAACCGCCCCUAUGCCGCCUACAACAUCGCCUGAGCCUCCUCCAACGACACCUGCAGAAGCGAAAGUAACCACCGCUAUGCCCCAGAGUACAUCAUCUCCUGAAAGCCCAGGUUUAUCGGGAGGCGCCAUAGCUGCGAUAGUUCUCUCAGUACUGCUCAUCGUGUUGGUCUUGGUUGUUGGUGGCGUCCUAUGGCGACGCAAGCAUGCACGCCCGGACGACUUGACCAUGCCCCUUGCUGAAGAGUGGACCACGCCAGAUGGGUUUGAGUCUCGUUACCAGCCAGAUGCAGAUGAGAACCGACCUCUUGUUGAGGGUGAUAUAACCUGUUCUCUUACGGACGCAACUGCUGUGUAAAUUAAAAAUAUCGCGAGUCACGACCACGCCAAUAGAAAAUAAUAUACCAUACCGUACUGUUUCAAUGAAGUACUCUUGAAAUGUUUAGGUUUAAUUAAUACAUACUUCAAGUGAUAAAUACAGACAACUUGUAGACUAUACCUGGUCUUGUACUUGCAGUCUACCUAUAGUCUUCACGGGAAAAAAAACACAAAAUAAUACAUUUAUAGAGUGGCAAUGCCCUGUGCAUAUUUCAAUCAGUCUCAGUCCAACGUGCACGUUUCGAGCUAGACGACUGCACCUUUGGCCACGGGUUUCACACCUGAUCCUUAAUAUUGGACAGUUUGCGAACGGGAUGCAAUUCUUCGAGUUGCUCAUUUUAUAGUCAUUCACUUUUGGAGAAUCAUAUUUGAAAAGAUUAUGUCUGGUUUCUGAGCCCCUCUCUGAGUGACUCUCGAAACCACGUGCACAAAAAUUGGCCAAUCAUGAUCCCACAAACCCGUGAGCGAAGAGGUAUGGUCGUGAUGUCAUGCUGACGUCAUCCUGAUAUAGUUUUGAAUAGGUGUGAACCAUCAGUGGGGUACUGUUUCAUAUUAAAAGGCACUGAUGUAUUGGGCCUCUGCUCUCCUCUGUAUGAAGUGCUCUGUACCUGAAACAGUAUACUUGGAUUUAGAGUGAAAAUCUCGGGGCCUAAAGGGCAUGUACAUAAA